CAUUAAAACAUCUAAAUGAAUUUCUACGUUUUGCUUUCAUUAUACUUCGCAUUAAAUACGAGUAUUUUGUGUAAAAGACAGAAGAUUAUCGGAGGUACCGUGGCAGACAUAAAGGACUUUCCAUUUUUGUCAUCAUUAAGAAACUUAACAACGAAUAAACAUUUCUGUGGUGGAUCCAUAAUCACCAAACGGCACAUACUCACGGCGGCCCACUGUCUAUUCGAAAAAGAUUACUCAAUCAUAAGAAUCUACGUGGGAAGUAAUUAUUCGGUAUCCAUCUACUCCGAGGGUUACGAUAUCGAGUCUGUGAGAAUCCAUCCCCAUUUCACAGGAUAUAAUUCGCCGGGCAAGGGCAGCAGACAUGACAUUGCAAUUAUUACAUUGAAUAAAGAAAUUGAAUUUAAUGUCCAUCAAAAGAAUGGAAUAAUUCAAGCUGACGAUGUUAAAGUUGAAGUUAACGCUGAAAUUCUCGGCUGGGGACUAAUAAUCUUUCCGUCAAAAGUUUAUUCCAUGGUAUUGCGAAAAGCUUCGGUUAAAAUUAUAAAAAACACGAAAUGCUUGGAAAAAAUUCAUCUUCCGAUUUAUGACGAGCAUAUUUGUUCCGACGGUAAUACGAAAUUUGGUGUAUGUUUGGCUGAUAGUGGUGGUCCAUUAAUUAUCGAAGAUAAAAUCGUUGGUAUUGCCUCGUUCUGCAUACCUUGCGCUAGAGGUUUCCCCGAUGUAUUUACCAGGGUUUAUAAUUAUUUAAAUUUUAUUAGAACUGCCGUUAAUGCAAAUUAUCAGUUAAACAUAAGCGUGGCAUGAGCAUGCGUUUAUGCGCGA